UCCAUAAACCUAUCAAUCCCCCCCACCCACGACGCUACAGGCGGAGGAAGCAGAGGACGGACGGACAAUGGUGGUCACCUCCCCGUCGGCGGCGCCGCCCGCCGCCGCACCCGACCGCCCCCACCCGACCUACACCAACAUGAUUACUUACGCGCUGGCGGAGCUGGGAGGCGCCUCCGACCGCUCCGCCAUCGCCGGAUUCAUCGCCGCGCGCUUCACCGGCCUCCCCGUCAGCCACGACGCGCUCCUCUCCGCCCACCUCCGCCGCCUCGUCACCCAGGGCGUCCUCUGCACCUCCGGAUUAUUCUCCUACUUCUUCUCCUCCGACCACCACCACCACUCGCCCACCACUAGGAGGCCACACAGUCCCGAUCUCGAUUCCGAUGAUCAGUCUGGGUUCCACUUCCAGAGUAGCAGUGAGGAGGAGGAGGACGACGAAGAUGAUGCUGCCUACACUCCUCUGCAUGUGCCUGUUCCUGUUCAUGUUCUGGGAGAGAAGCGAGGCCGGGGGCGCCCGCGGAAGAAGGUUGUGGUUAUGCUGUCUGCUCACACCACCACUGCUGCAGCAACGCCUGAACCCUGUCUUGCAAAGGGAGAGCAAACACAGCAUUCUGCUGCUGCUAGGUCUGUGCUCUCUCUAUCUGGGGAUGCAGCUUACUCGGUGACUAAGCGAGGCCGUGGGAGACCAAGGAAGCUACAGCCGUCCCCCUCCCUGGGAGGCGGCGAUACGUCAACUGGUGGCAUCAUCAAGAUCAAGAGAGGGCGUGGGAGGCCGAGAAAGGAGGAUCAACAAUCACAGGAAGCAGCAACAAAGCCUCUUCCAACUACAACCGCGUCGUCAACUGUUGGCAUCAUCAAGAUCAACAAGAGAGGGCGUGGGAGGCCGAGAAAGGAGGACCAACAAUCACAGGAAGCAGCAACAAAGCCUCUUCCAACUACAACCGCGUCGUCAACUGUUGGCAUCAUCAAGAUCAACAAGAGAGGGCGUGGGAGGCCGAGAAAGGAGGAGAAACAAUCACAGGAAGCAACAAAUCCUCUUCCCACUCCAACCGCGUCGUCAACCGGUGGCAUCAUCAAGAUCAAGAGAGGGCGUGGGAGGCCGAGAAAGGAGGACCAACAAUCACAGGAAGCAACAAUGCCUCCUCCAACUCCACCAGCGUCAAGGCGGGGGAUUAAGGUAGGGUGUGGAAGACCAAUGCUAGCUCCUACAGGGUCUCCUGGGAGUGGGACUGGGAGGCCACUAAUGAUAGACAAGCACCCACCAGAAACUGCAAGGUGCUCUGUUGAUGCUACGUCGUCAGUAAUCAAGAGACCGCGCGGGAGGCCAAGAAUGUACAGACUAUCAGCAGAAGAAACUGGAGAUGCAACACCUGCUCCUCCUCAAACUGGAUAUUCGAUGGGAGUCAAGAGAGCUCAUGGUUGGCCAAUUAAGGAGAACCCAGCAGCAGCAGCAGCAAUGUCUGGUGAAACUGGAGAUGUUGCAUCGGCCGGAAUCAAGAUAGGGGGCGUGCAACCGGAAGUGGAGAAGCCAACAGCAGCAAUGUCUACUCAAGCCGGGGAUGUUGGGUCAACGGGAAUCAAGAGAGGGGGUGAGCAACUAGAAGUGGAAAUGCCAGCAGCAGCAAUGUCUGCUCAAGCUGGAGAUGCAACACCUGCUGAAUUAACUGGAGCUGCAAGGCUCAUGGAAGCUGGAGAUGCAAGGCCUGCUGAAUUAACUGGAGCUGCAAGGUUCAUGGAAGCUGGAGAUGCAACGCCUGCUGAAUUAACUGGAGCUGCAAGGUUCAUGGAAGCUGGAGAUGCAAGGCCUGCUGAAUUAACUGGAGCUGCAAGGUUCACGGAAGCUGGAGAUGCAAGGCCUGCUGAAUUAACUGGAGGUGCUGCGUCGACGGGGAUCAAGAGAGGGCGUGGGAGGCCAAGAAAGGACAAGACAGCAGCAGCAGCAAUGCCUGCUGACGCUGCGUCGACGGGGAUCAAGAGAGGGCGUGGGAGGCCAAGAAAGGACAAGACAGCAGCAGCAGCAAUGCCUGCUGACGCUGGGUCUGCGGGGAUCAAGAGAGGGCGUGGGAGGCCAAGAAAAGAGAAGAAGCCAGCAGCAGCAAUGUUGGCUGAAACUGAAGCUGGAGAUACUGUGUCAACUGGGAUGAAGGGGGCGCUUGAGAAUCCAAUAUCAGGUAAUGUCGUGUCAACUGGAACCAAUGGAGCACUUCUUAGAACGGAGAAUCCAGUGGCAGGUGAUUUUGUGUCCAUGGUAAUGAAGAGAGGGCCUUGCUUUGAUUGAAACCUGGUUUGGAGACAUGUCUGAAGAAGCUAGUCCAUGUGUAGGAAAGGAAACCAGGCCUGGCCUGAAGAUGCAUGCUGGAUGUGUGAUUUGAGUCUAGUCUCUCUGGGCUGGGGCUCCCCAGCGAGUGCUCGAUUGGUUGAUGCAUGUAAGCAAGCCGUUAGUAACAUUCUCUUUUGCUAAAUCUUUCUAUAUUUUGUGUCAGAUCACAUAUAAUAUAGUAAGUAUUAACGAUGUUGCUAUUUUCUAGUAAUUCUUAGUCGCAUUAAUUAUUAUUUUUCUUUGUGUCAAACAGAGCUAGACUUGAAAUUUUGAAGUGGAGCAUAGUAGAAUGGGCAAAAUAAUAAUAAAAAAGAUGCUUCAAUGGUGAAACAUUUGCACAUUAGCUUGUAAUACUGCAAUGCAACACAUUAUUAUUAUAUUAACUGAAUGCGAGAAGCUUCCAGAUUGGAGAUCCUUGUA